AUGCUGACUUUUAUCAUAAUUCCUAUCCUUGGCUUUGUCACUUUGUGGCAGGUACAUGCCGAUGUUCUCAUCACGGCCACCUUUCAAAACUCUGCCUGCUCAAAGUUCUUCUACCAAAACAAGGAACCUGCCGGAUUUACUAACAACAAUUAUGCCAGGAUAUGUCAGUCAUGGCAAAAUAAGUAUUAUUUCGCAUCUCUUUUCGAUCAAGGUCGGCGAAUGCCUCUGUAUUCUGCUUCUAUUUACAAGUACAGUGAUCCUGGUGACAAUGAUAACACAGAUAGUUUAAAUGACAAUUGGAAAUACGAGCCUCAGCUUGCAUAUCCCAAUGAAGGUGGAGAGAUGAAGGCAAUAACUUCAGCUGUCAAAAAUGAUCCCAUUAUACUGAACAGCCAAUCAGUCGAGAUCAACUACAGUUACACAUACCAUGGCAUCUAUUACUCAAGGGGCCAUUUGAACCCAGCCAGCUAUCAAGGCUCAAAGAAAUGCAAGAGUGCGACGUAUACCUUGACAAAUGCUCCUCCACAGCCUAGAGACUUUAACAGUCAACAGUGGGCUGCCACAGAAAGGAAAAUAGCAGAGAGGCUAUACCAAGGCUGCUACGUUAUUAGUGGAGCCAUUCCAUAUGAAGCGGACAAGUGGAUACCAGAUAAUAAUAACCAGAGAGUAGCUGUGCCACAGUUUGUGUGGAUUGCAUACUGCUGUCCAAACCAUCAAAAUGAACGUACUGUAGCCUUCUUAGGCCACAACGGUGGCAGCAGUUCUGUAACCAUAGGUGAUGGAGAUAAUAAGUUACAAUUUGCACCCAGUGAAGUAAAAGAGAUCGCUGUUAAUCAGUUAGAAAGUAUUCUGAAAUCCCGUUUUAAUUCUAAUGUCAGCUUCCAGCUGUUUGCUAACGAUUGCUCUUAAUCAGGGCUGGUAUCAAAUAUGAAAUUUCUGAGCUAAUUUUCUGAGCUAAUAGCCACAUCUGCAAUCAGGUCUAAUGAAACUCUCUUUUCAGUACAAAAUGUUUGUAUCUGCAAA